GGAAACUGUGAGCGAACAAAGUCUGUUAUUUAAAAGAAAAACACCAUCCAACAUAUCACCGAGGGAUGAGAAAGUCUGUCUGUGAUGUCUGUGUGACCCUGAGCCACACAGAUCAUUGAUGUUGGGUGUGUGUGCAGAACAGUCAGAACAUGGCUUGUACAACACAACAGCAGUCUGCUGUACAGUACAUCCAGCAGGCAAGAACCCACCUUGUGAGAGAACUGAGGAGUCUCUCUGUGAUCGUGGAGAACUUGUAUCAGAAAAGAGUUCUGAGUGAUGAAGAGGUUAGCAAAAUACAGGCAGAGGCUGACGACUUUGAUAAAACCAGGAAAAUCCUGGACUCAGUCAUAAAAAAGGGGGAAGCAGCUUGUUACGAGUUACUCAGGAUUAUUGACACGACGAGGAAGAGGAUGUUAGGGAGGCCAUCUGUCCCUGAGAAAAAGACCCAGACAUUUGACCUGCUCUACUGGAUCAGCUGCUUUUCUUUCAAAGAAGAUGCACAAAUGGAUCUGAACUACUUACACGGUCCGACACCGUGCUACAGAUAUCAGGCAAAGCUGAAGAGAAAAGCACGAAAAAUGUCAAAGGACCUUUGGACGGCAAACAAAAAGCUGUUUGGAGGAAGCAGCAGGCCUGAUCUGUCAUACACCUCACUUGUAUUAGACACAAAAGGAAAUGUUAGUCCAUGUAAAAUAAAGAAACUUAAGAGCAAGAAGAGCAAGAUGAGGCGCUCUAAAAAGCUCAGGACAUACAUCCCUCAGGACGACCUGAAAAUGUCCCCCAGUGACCUGCUGAAAACAGAGGAGAACAUUGUCUUGGUUGGUAAACCUGGAAUCGGAAAGACGGCUCUCACUCAUGAAAUACUGAAGCUUUGGGCAGAUAGAGACAGCAAGGAACUGGAUUACAUGUUUUACUUUGACAUGAGAGAGAAGUCAGACUUAGAGAAAGCCAGGAGCUUGGAGGAUCUUCUUUUCACUGAGUUCAGUGAACCAGACGAAGGAAAGGAAGAGGUCUUAGGUGAUAUAAAGAACAACUCUGACAACGUCACAAUCAUUUUUGAUGGAGUCACAGAUCUCUCUCCAUCUGUGGUGAGGAGACUUGUAGAGAAAGAUCUACUGCCUGAUGCAAAAAUCAUCAUAACAUGCAGACCAGAUGAGGAAGACGACUUCUUUUCUGAAGACUCUCUCAGAGUGGAAGUGAAAGGCUUCAGUGAACAGUCCAUAAAAACUUACUUCUCUGCAACACUAGGUGAAAAACAGGAGGAAGUUUUGAGCAACUUGGAGUUGUUAACUCUGUGCUACGUCCCCAUGUACGCGCUGAUGGUGGCUGUCUGCUAUUCAUCCAACAGCUUUCCACCUCCACGCAGUAUAACUGAAAUAUACAUCCAUAUUGUUCGCUUCUGCCUUCAAAUGAAUGGAAACAAAACAGAAAACAAACAUCUAAAUUCCUACAUCAAAAACCAGGCGAAGGAAAUAUUCUCUUUGGCUGAAGCUGCUUUUCUUGCGACUGAAGGAAAAACUGUGAUCUUGGCAGAGCUGCCCUGUGAAGACAGCUGUGUCGUCUCCUUCCUGAAUCCACUUCUUAUCAAAGUUUCCCAUACUGAGACAAAGACCACAGCUGCAUUCCUCCAUUACACGAUGCAGGAGUUCUUUGCAGCACUGUGGCUCUUGAAGAAUCCAGGUAAAGUUAAGGAUGUUUUUCAGCAAUGCCUGACUGGGGACAGGAGACACAUGAGACAUCUGAUCCCUUUCAUGUGUCGACUGCUGAACGAGAAUCACCCGAGUCUGAUGAAGUGUCUGAUUCCAGCUGGGGAGCUGGAGGACACCUCUAACUGGUUCUUUAAGGACGUGAUAACCACGUUUUCUGACCGUCUGUGUGAGCCAGAUGAGGCUGAGCCUGAGGACAUUGGGUCUGAUGUCGACACACUCUUCCUAUGCCAGUGCUUCUAUGAGUCCCAGUGUCCUGGACAUUGCAUUUCCCUUCUGGAGAAUCUGGACUACCGUCUUGAUCUGUCUGAACAGAGUCUCGACCUUUACUCUUGCUGUGCUGUGGCCUAUGUGGUCUCUCAGUCGAAGGAGAGGAAAAUAAGUCUGAACCUUGGACGUGUGACGGUAUCAGACCAAGGAAUGAGACGACUGUUUGGAUGCUUUGACAAUGUGCAGUGGUGUGACCCUCUCCCACGGCAGCUGUGGGACAUUUUCCUUCUCAGUGAAAGCUCGAUGGACCACACCUCCCUACUCCAGCUUGAUGGAAAUCAGCUGCACCUUCCAGUUGAGGGCAAACGACGGCUGUUUGAAGGAGCUGUAGAAGUGAUGCAGAAGAUUACUACGAAGGUCAAUGUCUGCCUGUACUGGGACAGGGAGACUCCUGUCAGUCAGAGUCUGUGUGAGUCCCUCCUGGAGGCUUUGCCACACAUCGGCUCACUCAGCUUCAGGAAGACGUUCACACGUCCACGAUUACAGGACGAGGAGAGACGCCAUGGGACACUGGAGAGGGAGGAGAGGAGGCUGUUGUUGGAACUUUUUCUGAAAGCAGCACUUCUUAAAGAAGAACAGUUUCACAGUGUAGUGAAGAUGCUCCUCUCAUUGUUUUCUGUUGACACUGACUUACACAACAUCCAGCUGGAUUUUUAUCAACAUGUCCAGAAUAAGGGAUGUUCAAGUGUCCUUCCAGCAUUACAGUCAGUUUUCCAGUCAGCUCCUUCAGUCUGGGUCAUAGACCUCUCAGAGAGAAAGGCCUCCAUCCUCCUGGAAGUGCUGAAGCUCCAACCACAGAAGAAACAGGUGGAGCUGACAGGCUGGUCCCAUGAAGAGAGUGAAGUGAGGAGUUUCCUGCAGUGUCUGCCUUAUAUCUCACAGCUCAGUUUGUCUCACAGGGUUAAAGUCUCAGAUCAAAGCAGGUUCAUUGGGAAUCUGUUCUGUGCAGCAGCAGAGAGAGAACAACAGACAGGAGAGAAGAUCCUGGAGCUGUUAUCAUCAGUGUGUAGAUACGAAACAUUCCCUCUGACAGACACAGACAUGGAUGAUGAUGAGGAGGAAUAUGAGGAAUAUCAGAGUGAUUUCCUGCUGGAUCUUUUCCUCCAUGUGAAGGACCAUGACACAGAAACAGGUGUGAGUGUCCUUCCAGCAUUACAGUCAGUUUUCCAGUCAGCUCCUUCAGUCUGGGUCAUAGACCUCUCAAAGAGAAAGGCCUCCAUCCUCCUGGAAGUGCUGAAGCUCCAACCACAGAAGAAACAGGUGAAGCUGAGAGGCUGGUCCCAUGAAGAGAGUGAAGUGAGGAGUUUCCUGCAGUGUCUGCCUUAUAUCUCACAGCUCAGUUUGUCUCCCUGGGUUCAAGACUCAGAUCAAAGCAGGUUCAUUGGGAAUCUGUUCUGUGCAGCAGCAGAGAGAGAACAACAGACAGGAGAGAAGAUCCUGGAGCUGUUAUCAUCAGUGUGCAGAUACGAAACAUUCCCUCUGACAGACACAGACAUGUAUGAUGAUGAGGAGGAAUAUGAGGAAUAUCAGAGUGAUUUCCUGCUGGAUCUUUUCCUCCAUGUGAAGGACCAUGACACAGAAACAGGUGUGAGUGUCCUUCCAGCAUUACAGUCAGUUUUCCAGUCAGCUCCUUCAGUCUGGUUCAUAGACCUCUCAGAGAGAAAGGCCUCCAUCCUCCUGGAAGUGCUGAAGCUCCAACCACAGAAGAAACAGGUGAAGCUGAGAGGCUGGUCCCAUGAAGAGAGAGAAGGGAGGAGUUUCCUGCAGUGUCUGCCUUAUAUCUCACAGCUCAGUUUGUCUCCCUGGGUUCAAGACUCAGAUCAAAGCAGGUUCAUUGGGAAUCUGUUCUGUGCAGCAGCAGAGAGAGAACAACAGACAGGAGAGAAGAUCCUGGAGCUGUUAUCAUCAGUGUGCAGAUACGAAACAUUCCCUCUGACAGAGAGAUACAUGAAUGAUGAUAAGGAGGAAUAUCAGAGUGAUUUCCUGCUGGAUCUUUUCCUCCAUGUGAAGGACCAUGACACAGAAACAGGUGUGAGUGUCCUUCCAGCAUUACAGUCAGUUUUCCAGUCAGCUCCUUCAGUCUGGUUCAUAGACCUCUCAAAGAGAAAGGCCUCCAUCCUCCUGGAAGUGCUGAAGCUCCAACCACAGAAGAAACAGGUGAAGCUGAGAGGCUGGUCCCAUGAAGAGAGUGAAGUGAGGAGUUUCCUGCAGUGUCUGCCUUAUAUCUCACAGCUCAGUUUGUCUCCCUGGUUUAAAGUCUCAGAUCAAACCAGGAUCAUUGGGAAUCUGUUCUGUGCAGCAGCAGAGAGAGAACAACAGACAGGAGAGAAGAUCCUGGAGCUGUUAUCAUCAGUGUGCAGAUACAAAACAUUCCCUCUGACAGAGAGAUACAUGAAUGAUGAUAAGGAGGAAUAUCAGAGUGAUUUCCUGCUGGAUCUUUUCCUCCAUGUGAAGGACCAUGAGACAGAAACAGGUGUGAGUGUCCUUCCAGCAUUACAGUCAGUUUUCCAGUCAGCUCCUUCAGUCUGGGUCAUAGACCUCUCAAAGAGAAAGGCCUCCAUCCUCCUGGAAGUGCUGAAGCUCCAACCACAGAAGAAACAGGUGAAGCUGAGAGGCUGGUCCCAUGAAGAGAGUGAAGUGAGGAGUUUCCUGCAGUGUCUGCCUUAUAUCUCACAGCUCAGUUUGUCUCACAGGGUUAAAGUCUCAGAUCAAACCAGGAUCAUUGGGAAUCUGUUCUGUGCAGCAGCAGAGAGAGAACAACAGACAGGAGAGAAGAUCCUGGAGCUGUUAUCAUCAGUGUGUAGAUACGAAACAUUCCCUCUGACAGACACAGACAUGGAUGAUGAUGAGGAGGAAUAUGAGGAAUAUCAGAGUGAUUUCCUGCUGGAUCUUUUCCUCCAUGUGAAGGACCAUGAGACAGAAACAGGUGUGAGUGUCCUUCCAGCAUUACAGUCAGUUUUCCAGUCAGCUCCUUCAGUCUGGGUCAUAGACCUCUCAAAGAGAAAGGCCUCCAUCCUCCUGGAAGUGCUGAAGCUCCAACCACAGAAGAAACAGGUGGAGCUGAGAGGCUGGUCCCAUGAAGAGAGUGAAGUGAGGAGUUUCCUGCAGUGUCUGCCUUAUAUCUCACAGCUCAGCUGUGAUCCAGAGUUCUUCCAGCGGGUGUGUACAUCCAUGAAAUGA